AUGACUAUAGAGCAAAACACUUCUCCACCCCCUGUUUCUAACCACCACUCAGCAGUAACCUCAUGCCAGACUCUCCUCAAACAGUCUCCCGCUACGUCCACGGGUGUUUAUUGGAUCGAUCCUGAUGGUGGCUCCCAGGCCAACGCUUUCAAAGCUUACUGUGACAUGGAUACAAAUGCAGGGGGCUGGACAUUAGUAUGGAGCUAUUCUUUUACUAACUACACUCAUUUUAACGAUGAUUCAAAUGCAAUCACUCCGAGGCCAAAUUGGCCGGCCAAAAAUGAAGGGAAUGUUCCUAUCUCUACAAUUUCUCCAUUAAAUGAAACAGACUACAACGCCAUGAACUUCUCACUCUGGAAAAAACUCGGUAGACAGUUCCUCAUCAAAAGCAACAUAAACAACUGGCUGAUGUGCCAACCGGUAACUGGCAGCCUGGUUGAUUGGCAGAAAGGUGACGUCAACUGUACAAUCACCAAAUACGUGGCUGACCCUGGAGAAUCAGCUUCGGCGCCUUCCAAGUUUUCACCAUAUAUCAACUAUGGACCAAUGUUCCAUUCAAGUGGGCGCUGGGACAGCAGCUUUUAUUAUUUUAAUGGUUACACGGGCAAAUAUUGGCCUACCCAUGAUCCUUGUGGAAGAAAUGGGCCCAACCAAAAGAAAAAUGUUCUUGAUCCACACGGUAACAUUUUUAUUCGCGCCGAGUAGCAAAGACAGACAAUGAGAAAUCUUUACGCACGUAGCUUCUAGAGCUGGUUAACUUUUUGCACAAAAUCAUUACAUUACCUAGAAAAAGUGUGACGAGAAUCAUCUGUAGGACCUUGAAGGCAUGAAACUGAUAAAACUAUAAAUUCUUCUAUCGCAAUUAUUGAGAAAACCCCAUUAGAGAGAGAAUUUCGGAUCAGAUCUUGGAGGCUGAAGGUUCAAGCUUGUUUCACUCUCGUAAGAUGACAACAGGCAAAGCACCAGUUGCACUCAUCAUGAGAGAUUGGGGGAUUAUCUUUCAGAAUUUUACUUUCCAACGGAAUUUUAGAGAAUUCAAAUCACUUCGCGAAACUUUGACUUGAUUAGGUGCUAGCUUCUUCUUUGUUGUUGUACGACAAAAUUUAAGCUCUCAGUGUUUUUAAAUAAUGACUUUUACCGCUGAUGUUUACAAAACUCGUGCCAACCACUAAACCAGAUAGUUGCAAUCAGCUAGAGCAAUUCUUAGAAUAAAAUGAGUCAAUAAGAUUCACUUAAGGAAGCCUGGAUCGAUGACCACAUUAAAUAAUUGUCGCCACGGGUUUUUUUUUUCUUGGGGGUUGGGUAAUGAGCAUUAAUUAAUAGUAAAAACAUAUAACGGAGUUUGGAAAUGGUGUGCUGCGUGGAAACUGAGUUUUCCUUUUUACGCUAAUUACCUUCGAAAUUCUAAUAAAAACAACUUGUGUUUGCUAUUACUUAUUCUGCAUUUAUAAACCGUAAUUGAUAUAUUUCAGGAGCUUUUCAAAACCACUCUGAGGUUUUUUGGCAAUUGAGUACAGCCACCUGACCAAAUAAAUUCUCGUUAGAUUUCUGGAUAUCAUUGUCGCCGCAGUUUUUUUUUUAUUUACAUAGAAAGGCCAGGAGUAAAGGGGUUGAGUAAUGAGCAUUAAUCAAUAGUAAAAACAUGUAACGGAGUUUCAAAAUGGUGUACUGCGUGGAAACUUAGUUUGCCUUUUAGGCUACCUUCGAAAUGCUAAUAAAAACAACUUGUAUUACAUGUUAGGACCAUAGUGUUUGCUAUUACUUAUUCUGCAUUAAUAAACCGUAAUUGAUAUAUUUCAGAAGCUUUCCAAAACCACUUUGAUUUUUUUUGGCAAUUGAGUACAGCCACCUGAUCAAAUCAAUUCUCGUUAGAUUUCUGGAUAUUAUUACAGGUGUUUUUGCCUUUUAUGAUUGUUUUCUUAGAUUCAGUCGAUAAAAAAGGCAAAUUAAAGCUGAUCUUUAUUUCAAGGUUUUGAACCACGCGUUCUGAACUUCUGAACACUCAAUCUUUUUUCCCAAAAACUCGCACGCCCAUACUUUCUCCGAUCCCCGAGAGAAUGAUAAGUAUUAACAAAUAAAACAGAACAUAAAAUCCUUUUAGGUUGUACUCGAAUGCACUACGUUUAUUUUUGUUUGACAAACAAAACUCGAUAAAAUCAUGAGGAGUAAAGAUCUGCUCCCAAUGUUACUUUUCCCAUCGAUGAUGGCUUUAAGAUUUGUGAGUAACCUCUCUUCAAAGUUUUGCAAUAUGUUAAGCAAUAAUCCAACAGGGUCCUCCUACUUUGACUGUUCUUCCUUAUGUUAUCAUAUUUUAAUUUCCUUUCUUGCAGAUCUUUCCUUGGGACAUAUUUGCUCUCAUAUGGGCUUUUUUGGUAACACCUAAGAUAUCUGCAGAGGAAGAUCGGGGCAUGUUCUUUCGCAUAGAAGAAAACGCUUGUCUCGUCGAUGAAAAUGCUCUUCAAAGUGAAAACGCUCACUCUUUAUUGACCUGUGCUCAAAUGUGUAGGAGAGAUGCUUCUUGUAAAAGAGCAAAUUUCCUGGCGAACAAAGGCACCUGUUCGCUUUUUGGCGAAGGACAACAAGCAAAAAAGUUGGAGAGAUUUGAAAAACGGGAUGGUUAUUUCUAUGUGAAAAAGGUAUUUCGUAAAUUUUGUAUACUUUGCCAUUGCCAUUUAUUUUUUUAUUCAGUGCGAUCUCAACUGAAUGAAACUUUCUUUGAGAGCCAGAUAUUUUAGGCAAUGCUGUGCGGUUGUUGUUGUUGUUUUUUUUAUUUUAUUGUUUUCUUUCACAUGUUUAUGUUUCAAUUUGGUUUUCAUAAUCCUUUUCUUAAAGCUUGACUGGAAAUUCUAUGUUCUAGUGUCGGAAAUGCCAUAUAGCCGGAAGACCUGAUCAAUAAAAGAUAGAUGUCGGCAUGUUCUAUCGUAUCCAUUUUGUAUAUGUUUGUUAUUCAUUCUCAUUAAUUUACUUUGAAGUACUGGAAAAGAAAAUUGCACCUGUCGCUUUCAUCUGUAUGUACCCUCUCAGGUAGUCUAAAUCAAAAACUAAUUUAAAUGACGCGUGAUAAAAUUCCACAGUAAGCUAAAAGUUUAGUAAUUCAUUAGCGAAAAAACCCAGAGUAAAAAAGAUGACAAAAAAUUAAACUUCGUUUUGGUUUACUUCACAGGUUGUCUCUCCAGGAAUAUCUGGCCCACGAGGUAUGUAAACAUUUUCUGUGUCCACCAUGUUUUCCUUGUACUCAAAAGGGCUCCGUGAUUAAGACCAAUUCUUCGAAUAGAAGCAAUACUGUUCGAAAGAACUGAUUGUCCCACACCUUUUAAUGCACCGCAACGAAAAAAGGGGUUGACGCAUAAGGUCACUGUAGCAACGUUCCACCCUGUAAUUGAGCUCUGUACUUUUGUAACGCAGGGCAAAUUAGUCGACCCCAUUCCAUCAGGACAAAGCACCAGAGUGCCCAUGCCCAGAAUUGCACGGUUCAACCUAACAUUUAGCGGUAACCGCGAGCCAGACUCUCCUCAACCAAUGUCCCACUUCGACUUCGGGUGUUUAUUGGAUUGGUUCUCAUCGUGAAUCCCCUGUCAACUUAUUCAAAGCUCUCUGUGACAUGGAGACUGAUGGGGGAGGUUAACUUAAACGGUUCGAAGUUUUUCCUUUCCUACAUAUAUCACCAAUUAAACUAAUUUUUAUGAUGGUUUAAAUGCAUAUCACCCCGAAACUGUAAAAGAGGUGAUACUAGUCAAAUUUUUAUACCCAUUCGUACAUGAUUGUAUUGUCGAUGAAUAGCCCGACUGUUGCCAGUAUGGAAAUAAAUCCUACUUCUGAUCACCAAACAUGUUGUUAUCGUCUUUCCGAAACAUCUGUUACCCUGUAGGUCAAAGCAUUCCCUUGCACUCUGGUUCAACCCAGCAUUCAGCAGGACACUCGUGUUUGACUCUCCUCAGUAAAUAUCCUACUUUGAUGUCUGGCGUUUAUUGGAUUGAUCCUGAUGGUGGAUCCCAGGCCAACGCUUUCAAGGCUUACUGUGACAUGGAGACUGAUGGAGGAGGCUGGACACUAGUGUGGAGCUAUUCCUUCACUAAUUAUAGUCAUUUUACGAGCAAAUCAAAUGCAAUCACUCCGAGGCCAAAUUGGCCGGUGAGACCCGAAGUGGAUGUUCCUAUCUCCACAACUCCUCCAUCAAAUGAAACAGACUACAACGCCAUAAACUUCUCACUCUGGAAACAACUCGGCAGACAGGUUCUCAUCAAGAGCAACGUAAACAACUGGCUGGUGUGUCAUUCGGGAAAUGGCAGCUUGGUUGAUUGGCAGGAAGGUGAUGUCAAUUGUAAGAUAAUUAAACUCGUGAUUGACUCAAGCAUAUCAUUUUCUUCUGCGCCUUCUGAGUUUUCGCCGAACCGAGCCUAUGGACCGCUGUUCUUCCUGAGUACACCCUGGGGGAGCACUUCCUAUUACUUUGAUGGUUUUACAGGAAAUCAUUGGCCUACCCAUGAUCCUAGUGGAAGCAAUAGGCCUAACCAAAAGAAGAAUGUUGUUAAUUCAAAUGGAAACAUUUUUGUUCGACCUUGAAUAUAUUAAAGAUGCAUUAGUAUAUGAAAUAAAUGGCAUAAAUAAAAAGUUAAAUAUCGCUUUGAAGUUCAAGCCGGCUGAUGACUCGCAAUUCAAAUUUAGUGUUUUGUAAACAUUUUUUCUUUAAAACGUUCAAUACAUAUUACUUUUAAAAAUAUUCAGACUGAAAUAUUGACUUCGGCAUCUACGUUAUUAUUUUGUUUCAUCUCAAAUGCGUUUGCGAGGCCGGUUGGUAACAAUAAUUUUGCUCCAGGACACACAUUUUUAAACAAUUACAUUUUCAUUUGUACUCAAAACAUUUAAGUUUCCUUGCUAGGUGUUUCAAACAACUUUACUGCAGUUAGAUGUUCAGUUUUAAUUCGUCUUCCACUAAUUUUUUCGUGAUUCAUUUUUCCGUUGAAGCCUUUUGGAUGUUCUUCCCAAAUGCUGUUUAUUUAUAGAAGUCAUGAUAAUUGCAUUAUCAACCUGCUGGGCUUUUGUUUUUCAGUUUAAAGUCAAAAAAGAGUUGUGGAGUAAUUGCAAACGUAUUGUAAAGAAAACAAAAUGUCAAAGGGGUAUUUUUUCUACUUAAAUAGAAAAAUCGACUUUCAGAGGAAGAUCACGUGCACGGAAUCAGUAAAUUUGAACUAAUAUAUACCGAUGGUGCAGAUUUAUUCACAAAGGUUCUGUGUGUCGCGCGGUGUUUUGCCAUUAAAAGAAAAGAGCGAGUUAAAAUUCCCUUUCUGGAUUGUUUUACAAUUUUCUCAACAAGAAGGCAAGUUAUAUGUUUCACACGUUUACUAAAGAAAAAAAUUUGUCGUGAGAUUCUCUUGACAGAUGUUAUUUCAAGUCGAGUACCGAUUUGCAUUGGUCUUUGUUCUUAGCGGCAAAAAUUGACAAACAGAAGUCACUAAGAUCUUUAUCUUUAUUUCAUGCAAAUCAUUUUGCCAUCUCCACCCGCAAAUAGCAAAAGCUAGACGAGGCAGGCGGAGAGGAAAGGAAAGAGGAAAAGGUUAGGAAAGGAGAGGAAAGGUUACAACAGUCAUAACAGAUAAUAUAAUAAUUGUAAAGUAACUAAAUAAACUAUCUGGAUAAACAAGCUAAAGUUACAAAAUAUAUAGUCUUACAGAAUGAUAUUACAAUCAAAUUUACUACUAACAGAACUAUCAAUUAUAUACAUUGGGUCGAGGAUGCAGAAUUUGCCAUUUUUUGUUGGAGAAUGGGCACUUCAACAUAAUCGUCCUCUGCUUCCAUUAUCGAGAGCAAAAAGUCAUGAAGAAGUUUGUUGUAACAUCAAGUUUUGUAUCCAAAGGUACAUAAAAUGUUCCCUUGGAGGUGCAGGCCACCGAUAAAUAUGAGCACAUUUAUUAAUCAUUCUGGUAUGCAUUGUUUAACUCUAAUACAGGUCGAACUCCCAGAAAGAACCGACUCACCCCAAGGUGAAAGCCACAAAUUCUUAUCAAUAUAGGCAACUAGAGCACAAAAGUAAAUUAUCAUAUAUAACUGAGAAGUCUUGAUGCACCGAAAUAAACUUGAAUCUUUUACAUUUUCCUAGUUCACCAUCUCUACCCGGUUUUAGUGUCACCCUUUUCCACCUCCUCCAUGACCCUUCCUUUCUUAUCGUUGCCAUUUUUAGGUUUUCUUUCGCACUAAAAAGUUGUGAGCAGUCUUCUAAGUUUCGUUCGCCGUCAAAACACGACACGAAAAGUCGGAACAUGUAUACAGCUACUUAGAAUAGUUUCGAACGACUCUAGGGUCGCUUAUUGGUAUAGUAUCAUUGAUCAGACAAAGUUCAUGAAAAGGAAAUGUUUUGAGUCUAAUAAUUGUCUGAUACAGCUCAAUGGAAAUGUGAAAAAAGUCUGUAAAAGCGUAUGCCAGUAAACAUAAGGCUGGUCUUCGGGGCCUUGUUGUUGUUCAAAAGGUAGAUAAUACUGUCGGAAACUGUAGACGAUCAUUUCGUCGUUGUUACGUUUUACUAAGAGACCAGAAACACAUGAAAAAGCAAACGGAAACUGGUGACUUUGAUCUUUCUUUCGUUAGAGAAAAAAGUCAUCAUAUAUCUUCAGCUCGUUAAUUAAAAAGGUACCGAUUUAUUAUUGGUGCUUUUUUGACAGCACUUUCCCAUAUAUAAACUAUUCAACGCAUAAAUGUCAACAAAAACAAAAAAUUGCGCUAUCCACCGGAUAGAGAUUUAUCUGGUGGAUAUCUAUGUCUGCCCUUUGAAGAACCGGAACCAGGUUUAUAUCCUUUUAUAUAUAUAUAUAUGUCCUUAGUCACUUGGUGAUCUUCUCCGAGUUUUCACUGCACCAAAAAAAUCGUACCACUGUCCUAUUUGACUGAGCGCUCGCAUAGCUUUUAUUACUAUUUUGACGGUUACACAGGGAAGCAUUGGUCUACCCAUGAUCCUCUGGGAAGAACAUAGCCAAACCAAAAGAAAAUUGGUAACUUUCCGCAUGGUAACAUUUUUAUGCGAGCCGAGUGGCAAAGACAUAGUAAAAAAACCACACGAAUAUCUUUCAGAGGUGAUUGAAUUCUUAAAAUCAUUGCAUCCGAGAACUGAUGAGCACCUGUUCCCGUUAUCCGUAUAUUUCUUAUAGCACAUUUACCCAGGGAAGGGUAUACAAAACAGUCAUAAGGAAAAUUCAAGUGAAACAAAUUCAUAUUACUUGAUUAGUUUUCUUGCUAAAACAGCUGGUAAAGACACAGAGAAUUCCCAACCCCUGAUGAUAUUUUAAUAAAUCAACAAUACCAAGGUAGUACAUUCUCUUGAAAACACUGUCAAAUUAAAUAACUAUUGCAAUUUGAUUAAAUUUAUUUAUGUGAAUAAAACGUUGGCUUGUCUUGUCAAUAACGUGAACCUUUUCGUUAUAGGGGUUGAUCGCGAUCUUUAAGUCAGGUCACCACAGAUUCUCGUUUUCUCAUAUUCAAAUCAUUCAUUGACGAACCUGAGGUUUUUUCUCAUAUCACAAAAUUACCGCUUGACUCCCCUCCGCGAAUAUUCUGACAAAACGUUACUAUUUGAUCAAUAUACUUGCUGCUGUUCCCUGAGGGAAAAUCCUUGUUUUUCGGACUGUAUAUCUAGUUUUUAUAAAUUUUUGCAAUGUAAUUGUUUCUACUUUAUUAAGUAAAAACGAAUAAAGGCAAAAACAACAAAAGACAUGAAGAAAAAAAAGCAGAAGGAAAAGCAAAAUAGAAAUCAUUAAAAAUCACAGGGAGGGAUCCUUUCACUUUUCUAGCAAAUUCUCGGCACUAUUUGGUAUCUUUAGCCUUCCCUUUUAGCAUGUUUUAUAACGGUAGCCAACAAUAUGCAUCAUUAUCAAACUUGUAAUUGAUCCAGUUCUCUUGCUGAAUUAUGCAAGCCUCACUUUUUCACUACCAUUCAGGAAAGUAAUUCUUCUUUGCCAGGUGUUUCAUACAAAAGGCUUUUUUUUCAUGUUCAGUUUUAAUUUUGUCUCUUACCAAUUUCCUUUUUUUUCUUUUUUUAACUUUGCAUUUCAAAUUUUUUAUUUCUUCACUGUUACAUAAAAGAACUUUUAUCAGCCUUCCGGUAUUUCCAUAUUCUGUUUACCUAGAAGUCAUGAUAAUUGCAUUAUAAACCUGCAGGACUUGUGCAUUUCAUUUAAAAUGUCAAAAUGAAGUUGUGGAGUAAUUGGAAACGUGUUGUUAAGAAAACAAAAUGUCAAAGCUGUAUUGCUAUAUCCAAAUAGAAAAAUAGAACGAUCAAGCGAAGAUCACGGAAUCAUUAAAUUUACAUUUAAUAUUGAUGAUACAGAUCUGUUCACAAAGGUUUCUGUGUGUCGGGCGGUGUUUUUCCAUCAACAGAAAAGGGUGGGUUUAAAUUUCUCUUCCUUUCUGAUCUUUCUGUCUUGUUUGACUAUUUUGUCUAUAGGCAGGUAAUUUAUGUUUCAUACGUUUACUGACUAUACCUGAUUUUGUGUCAAGAUUCUCUUGACAGAUGUUACUUCAAGUCGAGUACCUCUUUGUAUUCGUCUUGUUCUUGGCGGAAAAGACAACUGAAGGAACCGAACAUGGCGUUUUCUUUCAAAUCAAGGAAAACACGUUUUUCAGCUACAGAGAAAAAAGCCUCUUUUGGUCUGGAAAAACUGAUUCUUUGCUUUCCUGUUCGGUUUUGUGUGCGAGACAAGCUUCGUGCAGAAGUGCAAACUUUCUGGAAAACCCAGGACUUUGUUACCUCCUUCGCGGCGAAAUGCAAACAAGUUCAGCAACUGGGCGGCUUUUACAGCGAGAUGGCUCUUUCUAUCUAACAAAGGUAUUUGUCAUUGAUGACAUGCCAUGUUUUUCGGUGACACCUUCCGAUAAUGUACACCUUAUCACGAACAAGUUUAAGGGCCUUCCCACACUAGCAGACAAAACUAGAAUAGUCCCGUUAAAAUAAAAGGACAAAUUUUGUCAUGACAAAGUUUUGUUUCGUCUGUUUCAUCCGCAUUAAUGCUUUUAAAGCCGUCAAAUUCCGUCAACGCCCGAUCUAUUUAUAAGACCAGCUAGCAUAGUUUGUCGAAGGAUUUCACCUCCAAUUCGCACUUGUAAAAUGUUUAUGAUAAUAGAAAAUUUGUCAAAAUAAACAAACUUUUUCGCUAAAGUAAUUUGCGCUUAAGCAGGAAAAAAGCUGAAACAUGAGAGUGUAUUUGUGGAGUGACGUGAAUGGAUUGAGAUGAGACCUUAUUACAAAAAGUUAAGACGACAAGACCCAUAAAAACUCCUCUUAACAUCAAGAUCAUAAUUCAAAAGCAUAUGAAACGUUCGUUUAUAAGCAGAAGCCACCAACAAGUAAGACCACAGUUGCCCAAAGAGCCUUCAACAAUUUCUUACACAUGCGCAUGACACCAAGUACGGGUACUAACUGAAUGUCUUGUUUAACUCCAAUUCAGGUCGACCUGACUGGCUCACCCCAAGGUGAAAGUUACGCCUAUGAAAAUUAUUACAUAAAUGUAAUGGAUAAAUAUUGAUGGAGCACGAUAAACUUGAAUUUUCAAGUUCUUCAUUUCUACCACGUUUCGGUGUCAUCCAUCCUCUGCCUUCUCUUCCAUUAUUCUUCCUGGCCUACUGCUGCCAAUUUUAGGUUUUCUGAAUACUUUUACCUAAUUUUUGAUUGUCAUUAAAAUAAGAUACAAAGAAAUUAGGAGUGUAUAUAGCCAAGUAGAAUGGUUUCGAAUGUCCUCGUGGUCGUAUGUUCACCGAUAAAAUCAUUUAUUUCCAAGGUUAAUAGUGAAGAAAUGAUUGAGUUUGAAACCUAAUAAUCGGAGACAGCUCAACGGAAUUGUAAAAAAAAAGAAGGAAAAAAAAAUCCAAGUUAGGGCACGUGUCAGGAAAGUUGGCCCGGUGUUCAAGUUAAUUUCGGUUUAAAUUGCUCAGUAACAUAAUACUAGUUCUUUGUUUGAUGAUCGUAACUAAAUUUAGGUCGCCAGCUCCAAUAGAGGAUACUUUACUAGACUCGCUUUCAAUGAUGAAAUUAUUUUUCUAAUUUUCAACUUUAUGAUUGUAGACCAAAACACUUCUUCAACCCCUGGUUCUAACCAGCACUCAGCAGUAACCUCGUGCCAGACUCUCCUCAAACAAUCUCCCGCUACGUCCACGGGUGUUUAUUGGAUCGAUCCUGAUGAUGGAUCCCGGGCCAACGCUUUCAAAGCUUACUGUGACAUGGAUACUGAUGGAGGGGGCUGGACCCUUGUAUGGAGCUAUUCCUUCACUAACUACAAUCAUUUUAACGAUGAUUCAAACGCGGUCACUCCAAUACCAAAUUGGCUGGUUACGAAUACGGUGAAUGUUCCUGUCUCCACAACUCCUCCAUUAAAUGAAACAGACUAUAAUGCCAUAAACUUCUCACUUUGGAAACAACUUGGCAGACAGGUCCUCAUCAAGAGCAACAUAAACAACUGGCUGGUGUGUCAGCCGGUAACUGGCAGUUUGGUUGAUUGGCAGAAUGGUGACGUCAACUGUAAAAUCACCAAAUACGUGGCUGACCGUAGUGAAUCAGCUUCGGCGCCUUCCAAGUUUUUACCAAACACAAACUAUGGACCAAUGUUCUAUUCGAGUGGGCGCUGGAACAGCACCUUUUACUAUUUUAAUAGUUACACGGCCAAAAAUUGGCCUACCCAUGAUCCUCUGGGAAGAAAUAAGCCGAACCAAAAGAAAAAUGUUCUUGAUCCACAUGGUAACAUUUUUAUUCGAGCCAAGUAG